CUUCCGGUAUGCGAAUGUUUUCAUUCGAUACAAAAGUUCUGCAAGAAUUUAUUUAUUUCUGCAACCAAUGAAAAUUUAUCAUGUUGGUGCCAAUAUUUAAUUUAAAAAUUCACCACAAGGUGAAUCCACGGAUGGUAACCGUUGGUAAAUACGAUGGUAAACACCCAGCAUUAACAUGUGCUACCACAGCAGGAAAGGUAUUGAUUCACAGUCCACACACAAGAGGUCAGCGUGGAGGAAGAGUGGACACCACAAAAGACCAAGAUAUCAAUUUAUUAAAUAUAAAUCAACAAGUAUCAUCAGUGUGUGCUGGAUCACUAAAUGGAAAGAAUGAUAUACUGGCUAUAGGAACACAAACAAAUAUACUGGCUUAUGAUGUCAAUAAUAAUAGUGAUUUGUUUUAUAAGGAUUGUGCAGAUGGGGCCAACUGUAUUGUUAUAGGAAAGUUAGGAACCAUUAUAGAACCAAUGGUAUUGAUUGGUGGUAAUUGUUCACUACAAGGAUAUAACCAGGAUGGAAAUGAUAUAUUUUGGACAGUAACUGGAGACAAUGUAUGUUCCCUUGCUUUGGUGGAUUUUAAUGCACAAGGACAAAAUCAGCUUGUAGUUGGUUCUGAAGAUUUUGAUAUAAGAGUUUUUAGAGAGGAUGAGAUUAUUGCUGAAAUGACAGAAACUGAGGCCAUUACAUCUCUGUGUCCAAUGAUGGAUUCUAGGUUUGGAUAUGCUUUGGCUAAUGGUACUGUAGGGGUUUAUGAUAGAUCAGCUAGAUAUUGGAGAAUUAAGUCUAAGAAUCAAGCCCUGACUAUACACAGUUUUGAUAUAGAUUCUGAUGGUGUAGCAGAGUUAAUAACAGGAUGGAGUAAUGGAAAGAUUGAUGCCAGAAGUGACAGAACUGGUGAAGUUAUAUUCAAAGACAAUUUUGCAUCUGCUGUUGCUGGUAUUGUACAGGCUGAUUACAGACUUGAUGGAACUCAGCAGUUGUUGUGUGUUUCUACUGAAGGAGAGAUAAAAGCAUACAAUCCAGCUCCAGCAGAAAUGAGAGGAAAUCUGAUGGAUGCCAACUUAGAGCAGGAUACUAUUAGAGAACUAAGUCUUAGAAAACAGAAUUUACAAAUGGAGCUGAAGAAUUAUGAUGAGAAUACAAAAGCAGGUGUCUUAGCCUUACAGAUGCAACAAUCAGCUGCUGCUAGUGGAAAUAAGUUUUCAGCAGAGAAACCUUUCCCACCUGGUGGAGAGUUAGAUCAACAAGCUAUGGGAGUUAUUCCAGCAUCAACACAGUUACAGACAACAUUAACAGUCAAUCCUGGAGAAGAAGGGAAACCUCCACAUGUGGAGCUAUUUGUUGGUACAACUAAUGAUACCAUUAUUAGAACAGUAUUAUUAUUUGCUGAAGGAAUAUUUGAUGGAGAAAGUCAUGUUGUACAUCCACAUCCCAGUAUAUUAUCCAAUUGUUUGAAAUGUCCUAUAGUACCGCCCAAAGAUCUACCAGUUGAUCUACAUAUUAAAGCAUUUGUGGGUUAUAAAUCCAGUGGACAAUACCAUGUAUUUGAAUUGACGCGACAGUUGCCAAGAUUUUCUAUGUAUGCUUUAUGUAAACCUGACAUUCCAGAACCAAAGAGUUCCGUCACAUAUCAAGUCAAUGACAGAGUUCAAAGGGUUUUGUUAUGGAUAAACCAAAGUUUUCUCUUACAAGAUGAUAUAGCAUGUGAAGGAAAUUUGAAUGUAGCAUUUAUGUCAUUACGAGGAUCAGGUCCCGUUAUCAUACAAAUGGAGACUAAUGGUCAGGUUGUAAUCAAAACAGAUGAUAUGGACAUGGCAGGGGAUGUAUUACAAGCAAUGGCUUCUUUCUUGAAUAUUGAUGAUUUACAGUCCACAGCUGAUUUUCCAGAGGAAAUGGAAAAACUUAGAGAAUUGCUGGUCAAGGUUGAUGAAUUCCAUGUAGUUCGACAAAAGUUAACAGCAGAAAUGGCUGACCAUUCCAAUUUAAUUAGAAGUAUGGUGGUAAGAGCUGAAGAUGCCAGACUUAUGGGAGACAUGAAGAACAUGCGGAAGGGUUAUUUAGAAUUAUACAAUUUGAAUAGAGACUUAAUAAAUGGAUAUAAAAUAAGAUGUAGUAACCACCAGGAGUUAUUAGCUUCUUUAAAGAUUGUUAAUCAAAUUAUACAGAAAUCUGGCAGGCUCAGAGUUGGUAAAUACAAGACACAAGUGGUAUCAGCAUGUAGACAAGCUAUCAAAAGUAACAAUGUCAGUUCACUUUUUAAAAUUAUAAAAACAGGUUCAUAGGAUAUAUCAUCACAAAAGUGAACGAUAUAUAUACAGUGAAAGUCAUUUAUAUGAAAGACUUAAAGGAAGUGUGAGUCAAAACACCUCUGAUAACACUAAAAAGCUAUCAGUUAUCUAAGGCAAAAACAAAAUAUUUUUUUAAGAAAGGGCUAUCAUCAUGAUUAUCAUUACAAGUAACAAAAUCUUUAUAUUUCAUAUUCUUUACUAUGUUCUAUAUAUAUAGGCAAGUGUUAAAAUAAGGGAGAUAAUAAGUUAAGUUUUCUUUAAAAAGACUUUUCAGUUAAUAUGUAUCAGGGUUAUCAUAAUUAAAAUAAAAUUUGCUCAAUAGCUAUAUGUAAUUAUUGAUAACAUAUUUUUUUCCUGGAAUGUUUUUUAUUAUAUGGAAAGAGCUGAUGUAAAAUAUAUAUCCAGAGUGUUUGUUUAUAAAGGUCUCAAGAUUUUAUACGUAAAAAAAGAAAAAACACUAUAUUGAAAUCAGUAAUUUUAGAAAGGAUGUGCUAUUUUUAUGUAUUUAUAUGAUAUACAUGUAGUUACAAAUUGCAUCUCAAAAUAUAUCCGUCCAUAUUUUACAUGUAUGUUGUGGUCAAACCACAUUGACUGAACUAUAGAUUUCAGAAGAUUUUUAUUAUGCUUAAAUAAAAUAAUAAAAUAUGUAUGUUUUGUUUGCAAAUACUGUGAGAUUGUGUUUACCAUUAUUUAAUUUAUAUUUUGUGCAUAAGAGUUAUCAUAACUGUCAGAAAACUAAAAAUUCAUGAGUAUUGAUUUCAUAUUUAAUAAGAUGUUUUGUCUUACUCAUAAUCAUCCCAUUUCAUAUAAGAAAUCCUUGAAAUUUUUAACCAAAAUAAUUGAGGGAUUAUAUUCCGCUGCGUUGAAUUUUCAGGUUAAGAAAUUUUAUAAAAAAAUAGGAAAAUAGAAUUCACAAAUAAUCUCCUUGUAGUGAAAAAAAAAGGUAUCACAUCACUGCAGAUAAAAUUAUACACUAAAUAAAAAAAGGACUAGUUAGUUAGAUUGGGGUGUUUAACGUCCUGCACAAAAAAAUCAUGCUUUGAGUAGGACAUUAAGAAUGGAUUGAUAAAAGUCAACUUAUUUAUCUUAUUUGACCAUGGGCUUUUCUUUUCAAUUAUACCUGAGAGGAGGGGAACACCUCUUGUUCUCAAACUCCCACCAAUAGAAAAUAUCAUAUACCUAUUGUAGAAAUUGGUCCACAUAUCACCAACCUUACUUAAAAUCAAAUUCCCACCCCUCCCCUUUUUUCAGGAGGCAACUUGAAUUUAAAAGCCCUUAUUUAUUAUCUGUGAUAAUUUAUAUGAUUUCAUUUGUAUUUUAUAUGUACUUGUAUUUUAUUUCCAACAAUAAUUGUGUUUAAAAUAUUGAAAGAACAUUUAUGUUUUUUCAUUAUUUGUUUUUAGUUUUGUUUCUUGUUAAAUAUUGUAACCUUCAAAUUUCUGCUGCAGCUGCUUUAGCUAUUAUUAAUCUCUUUUUGGCUGUUUAAAGACAAAGCUUACUACUAUUAAACUUAUUUCAGACACUUUGUGAAGUGAAAAAAAAAACUCUGAAAUCAAAAUAAUUUUAUAGGAUAAAAGUUAGAGGAAAAAUUCAGUCACAAAGAUGUUUAAAUUUUUUACCAUCAAACAGGAAUUUUAAAUUUGUGGGUUUGAAACAGAUUUGAGUUAUCUGUUAAAAUGUACAUAACUGCAAAUUUAUUUCUUUAUGCAUCAUUAUUACCAGUAUGUAGGAAUUGGAAUAAAAAUUUGAAAAAGCAGAAAGUAUGUUAAGGCCACAUUUUUGGCCCCUUUAAUUCAAAAAUCAAAAAGAAUUAUAGAUCUACCAAAACAAAGAUAUCAGUAUUGAUUUCAUAGUUUUGAAUUUUUUCAUCAACGACUUUUAAACCACAACUUUGACAUGAAUUUAAAAAUUUCCGGAAUCAGUUAUAAAAAAAUAGAAUUAGAAUAUGCAGCAAGGACUAUGGUAUUUUAGGUCUAAAAUGUAAUAUCUAUACUCUUUAUUACCUUAUUUAUGAUUUAUUUUAAGUCUGUUGCAGGUCUGUUGUUGCUGAUGGUAAAACAAACAUAUUUGUUACCUCUAUUUAUAGUUUCUUUUUAUUAUGAUCAGGAAGGUUGUAUCUGAAUGAAAUAAAUAAAUUCAUAAAAUACCA